AACAGAGAAUCAGAUCAUAGUCCUGUGGACAGAACAUCAUGGACGCCCAUGUUACCUCUUCACAAACCUACAUUGAUGAAUUUAACCCCCAGGAAUACUUACAGACAUUCUUUGUGCCAGAGAAAGGAGUUCUUUUUGGAGAAUGGACCGAUUUUGCAUUGCGAAAUCUACAUGAAACCUUCACUAAAGGUGGAGUAAGAGGAGAUACUCUGCUUGAUUUUGGCACUGGAGCCACCAUUUAUCAACUCCUCUCAGCCUGUGAAGUGUUUGAUAAAAUCAUUGCCUCAGAUUUCCUUGAACAGAACCACGCUGAAUUUCAAAAAUGGCUGAACAAGGAUCCAGAUGCUUUUAACUGGACUCACAUCAUCAAAUGUGUAUGUGAGCUGGAAGGAAAUAGGGAGGAUUGCGAGAAAAAGGCUGAGAAACUCCGCUGUAAGGUGAAAGAAAUCCUGAAAUGUGACGCUUUCAAAAGAAACCCUUAUGACCCUGUCAUUGUGCCACCAGUUGAUUGUCUCCUGUCUUGCUUCUGUCUUGAAGCUCCUUGUAAAGACAUAAAGUCAUACUGUAGUGUUCUGAAAAAUUUCAAGGACUUGAUAAAACCUGGAGGUCACCUUUUGAUCUUAAGUGGACUGAAUGCUACUUAUUAUUACGCUGGUAAAAAGCGCUUUAGUAUAAUGAGCUCAAAAAAAGAAGAGCUGGAGAUGGCGUUUAAAGAAGCUGGUUAUAUUAUUGAAAAAGCUGCUUAUACUUCACGUAUUGAUAAAUCAAGGAUAGAUGUUGCUGAUUAUGAAGGCUACUAUUUUAUUCAUGCCCAUAAAUCAAAGUAAGGCCAAAUUCUUCAGCCACCGUUUCUUGGAAAUACUGGUAUACAUCUAAAUGUUUUAGCUUCUAAACAUAUACCAUAAAAUAAGCGAGUUGAGGUUGGGUUGAGUCUGAAAACUCAAAGCUAAAUAAAAAUUUAGAUACAUUCACCAUGCUAAAUGGGUGCUCCACUUGGUAACACUAUCCAUUUAUGAAAACAAUAGUAUAUGGUAGCCCUAUUUAUAUGACUGUGAUUAUAUGCUGUUUGGAGGAUGAAAUUGCAGGAAACUUGAUUUGAUUGAUAAAGAAAAAUAAAACAUUUACUUGGAGUCUACAACAACUUAUAUAUGAGAUAUUGUAACCUUAAAUGUCUUAAGUUAAAUUAUAAUUAAAGAAUAUAUAGAAUUUUUUAUUAAAAUGAAUGAAUUACUUACGGGUAAAAUUGUGAAUAUACUGUACUGUACAUUUCGUUAUUAAAGAAGUUACACUGUAAAGCAUUCUGUAUUAUUGUAUUAUACAAUAUGAUCUUUAUUAAAGACGA